AUGACAAUGACCCUAUUCAACAUAAGCAACUUCAAUUCAGCCCCCUUCACCCUGAUGGGCAUCCCAGGACUGGAAGAGUUCCAUAUCUGGAUUAGUAUCCCUUUCUGUAUCAUCUACCUUGUGGCCAUUGCAGGUAAUUCCAUCCUGCUGUACCUCAUCACCAUGGAGCGAAGCUUGCAUACACCCAUGUUCUACUUUCUUGCUAUGUUAGCAGUCACUGACCUUGUUUUAUCUACCACAUGUGUCCCCAAAACCCUCACCAUAUUCUGGCGUGGCCCUCAGGAAAUUGCCUUUCCCAGCUGCCUGACUCAGUUGUUUUUCCUCCACUAUAGCUUUGUCCUGGAUUCGGCCAUCUUGUUGGCAAUGGCAUUUGACCGCUAUGUAGCCAUCUGUUCCCCACUGAGAUACACAACCAUCCUUACCCCUCAAGUCAUUGUCAAGAUUAUGGUGGGCAUCUCCUUCAGGAGCUUCUGCGUUUUUGUCCCAUGUGUUUUUCUGGUGAAGCGGCUGCCUUUCUGCCGGACACACAUUAUCCACCACACAUAUUGCGAGCACAUUGGUGUGGCCAGGCUUUCUUGCGCUGACAUCUCCAUUAAUAUCUGGUAUGGUUUUGCUGUGCCAAUUAUGACUGUGAUUUCAGAUGUGGUUCUUAUUGCCAUCUCUUAUACACUUAUUCUCAAAGCUGUCUUUCGUCUUCCAUCUCAUGAUGCUCGUCAAAAGGCUCUAGGCACUUGUGGCUCCCAUGUCUGUGUCAUCCUUAUGUUCUACAUACCAGCCUUCUUCUCUAUCCUUGCCCACCGCUUUGGGCAUAAUGUACCUCUCACCUUCCAUAUUAUGUUUGCCAACCUGUAUGUGGUCAUCCCACCUGCCCUCAACCCAAUUGUUUAUGGAGUGAAAACAAAACAGAUAAGAGACAAAGUUUUCCUUUUGUUUUCUAUGAAGGGCACAGAGUAA